UUUCCAGCAGUGAGAGGGAGGGAGGGCAGCCGCGGGAAAGGGAAUGGAGACCAGCAGCCCGCGGUCCCCGCGGCCCAGCCCUGGCCCAGCGCUGAGCCUGGACGCCCGCCUGGGAGUGGACACACGCCUGUGGACCAAGGUGCUGGUCACCGCGCUCUACUCGCUCAUCUUCGCGCUGGGCUCUGCGGGCAAUGCGCUGUCCGUGCACGUGGUGCUGAAGGCUCGGGGCGGCCCCGGGGGGCGUCUGCGCUAUCACGUGCUCAGCCUAGCGCUCUCCGCCCUGCUUCUGCUGCUCAUCUGCAUGCCCGUGGAGCUCUACAACUUCGUGUGGUUCCACUACCCCUGGGUCCUGGGCGACCUGGGCUGCCGCGCCUACUACUUCGUGCGCGAGCUGUGCGCCUACGCCACGGUGCUCAGCGUGGCCAGCCUGAGCGCAGAGCGCUGUCUGGCUGUGUGCCGACCCCUGCGCGCCCGCAGCCUGCUGACGCCUCGCAGGACCCGCCGCCUGCUGUCGCUGGUCUGGGCCAUCUCAUUCGGCCUCGCCCUACCCAUGACCGUCAUCAUGGGCCAGAAGCAUGAGCUGGAGACCACCGGCGGGGAGCCAGAGUCUGCGUCGCGAGUGUGCACGGUACUGGUGAGCCGCCUCACGCUCCAAAUCUUCAUCCAGGUGAACGUGCUGGUGUCCUUUGUGCUCCCCUUGGCGUUGACUGCUGUCCUAAAUGGAGUCACCGUAAGCCAGCUGAUGGCCCUCUGCUCCCAAGUGCCGUCCACUUCUGCCACCGGCAGCUCUGUCCCCAGCUGCCUGGUGCUAGCAAGCGAGUCAAAGGAGGCAUUUUUCCUGAAGAGUCAAGCCAUCCUGAUGAGACGCAGGGUCUCAGGCCAGAUCCGUGGCCUGCAACGCAGCGUCCAGGUGCUCAGGGCCAUUGUGGCGGUGUAUGUCAUCUGCUGGUUGCCCUACCAUGCCCGCCGGCUCAUGUACUGCUACAUCUCCGAGGAUGGGUGGACUGAAACACUCUACGAUUUCUAUCACUACUUCUACAUGGUGACCAACACACUUUUCUACAUCAGUUCGGCCGUGACUCCCGUGCUCUACAACGCUGUGUCCUCUUCCUUCAGAAAAAUAUUCCUGGAAGCGUUGGGCUCCCUGUGUGGCAGGCACAACAGGAAGCCAUUCCUUCGGGGGACCCCAGACAGUGCCAUGCUCUGGGGAUCCCCCAGAAACACUGAGCUGGAUGAAAUAGAAGAAUGAGCAGAUGUGGCUGAUGGUUCAGUCAUCAGAACUCGACAAGCCAGUGAUCACUGAAAGGGCCACUUUGCAGUAAAAGAGGACUUAGUCAGGAGCCUGCUCUGCCUCUUCCCAGCACCUAACGACAGCCCAGCCACUCCUAGCCUCAGCUCCUCACCUGUGGGACAGACAUGACAAGCCCCCAUUGCUCAGUGUUGGUAGCAGACUAAAGUGCUUGGCACAGCACCCGUGCUUAAUAAAUACUGCCUUCCCACUGA